AUGGCUGCGUCGUCGUCGUCAAUGUUAUCGCUUGUGAAAGCCCUCUUCGUCCCAGCCGUCAUAUCCCUCAUUAUAUUCCUCUUCCUCACGUUCGUCAUCGCCCCCAUCUGGCGCCGCUAUCGCAAUCGCUACAGUCAAUACCUCCCCGUGGAAUCCAUAUCCAACCAUACAUCCGGCCUGCGACAUCGCAUCGUAAAUCGCUUCUCAAGAUUCACCUUACCUUCGACAUGGAGUAGGAAUAGAGGAUCUGUCGACAAUCCGAGCGCAGACGACUUUUUGGAAGAUGGAGAGGAACUGGGCGACGUGGAUGAGCAAACAUUGAAUGCCAUCCAGAGAUUGCAUUCACACUUGGGGUCGGGCCUUGACAGCAACAGGCGGCUGAGUAGAGAUCUUGAGGAGGGGUUCAUGGACGACAGCGACGAAGAACAAGCUCGUGGAUGA